AUUUCAUUCUUUCUUAAAACCUCCACAAUCUCCCUCGUGUGGGUUUUGGUUCAUUCGUUCUAUCGAUGGAUACUUUUUUAAUAUUUGACUCAACUAGUCAACGCUUUGGUGUAGCAGCUGAACACAUAUACGACGUAAACAACAAUACCAAGUUACGUUUUGGUGGUAAAAUUCGCCAUGGAGAGUCGGAUCCUUCGGGCUAUGUUACUGCGGAAUAUGACUUUACGGUUUCAAAGGAAGACUUUCCUAUAAACAUCCGCGCUCGUGCAAUCUGUAAAAGUAACCAUUGCGUCGGUGACAUUCGUGCUAAAAAGAAGUUUGAAGUGGAUGACGACACUUCCUUAUUCUUCUUGGCAAAAGCUUCUACUCAGGAAUUGACAAAAGGAAGUUACAUUAUCGGUAAAGUUGGAGUGACUCGCGACUUUCGCUUGGGUGAGGACACGUUUCGUUUGGGUGCUUUAUGUGACCAAGAUGGUAACUGUCGAGGUGCCUUAAGGAAUCAAGCUUUGGGAAUCAAUACCAACUUUAAAGGCGAUUGGAAUCUAAGACUUGUAAUAUCAAAGAGUUCCAAGGAAGCUGAUAAGUUAUUCUUUGAUUAGAAAGGAUAAAUAUUGGGUUGACUAUUUCAUUGAAGUGUUUACUCAGUUUGUUAUUAUGUUUGUGCUACAACUCAAUUUUUCGUUUUCGAUCAUAAAAUACUAUUUUUGUGCUUUGUACAAAAUUCGUUGAUUGUGUUGUCGAA